AUGGCUAGAGCACUGAUCGUGGGCGCCACCAGAGGCCUGGGAGCCUCCCUCACCAAGCAGUACGCGUCCAAGGCAUCGAGCACAGUUUUCGCAACGACACGAUCAUCCGUGCCGAAUGACUUCCCUGAGAAUGUCAAAUGGCUGUCGGGCGUCGACCUCCAGAAGCCCAAAGUAGGCGAUAUCCUUUCAAACCAGCUGGAGGGAGAGAAGCCCCUGGAUAUCGUGAUCAUCACGGCCGGUCGAUUCACCACCGAGGACUUCCACGACAAGGGGCCCAACUGGGACGAGGAGGUCACAAUGUACACCACAAGCUCCAUCGCCCCCGUUUUCCUGGUCCAUGCCCUCUUCCACGCCCAGCUCCUAUCAAAGGGUUCCAAGGUGGUCCUCGUGUCGUCCGAGUCGGGAAGCAUCACGCUUCGUCACGAGUCCGAGGGCGGCGGGAACUACGCCCACCAUGCGAGCAAGGCCGCUCUCAACAUGGUUGGCAAGCUUUUGAGUCUGGACCUCAAGGAUGCCGGCGUGGUCGUCAGCGUCAUCCACCCCGGUUUCAUGCGCUCAGACAUGACCAAAGGUGUUGGGUUCGACAAGUUCUGGGAUGACGGUGGCGCUGUGACAACUGAUGAGGCAGCCAACAGUCUCGUGGAGUGGACCGAGCAGCUGGACAUCACCAAGACCGGCGAGUACUGGGCUCCCCGAGGACCAGGGGACAUCGGGACAGCUGAGGCGACGCUGGGAAAAGGCUUGUCUACGCCACUGAAGCUGCCAUGGUGA